GCGAGAGUAAGUCCAACGUCGUGGCCUCAUCGCACUAAUGUUGACUUUUUCAGCGGAUAAUGAAUCCACGACAGCGUCGACUUCCACUACGACUGUAUCCUCUCGUGCGUCUCAGUAGUAUUAAACUCGGAAAACAUGGCGACUUUUCAAACCUCGGCGCAUCCCACGGAGACCUCGAGAACUCCCACGACUCUCUCACUCUCUCUCUGGCUUUCUGGGUUGCCGUCUGCUCAGCUCGGGAGGCAGAUUUUCUGCUGGCAUUUUUGUGAAGGCUGCGGUUCCGUGACUAUAGCAGAGUCCAGCGGUGGAUGUGUCCAAUAUAGCAGAAGAACAUAGUUAGCUUUUCGGAGUUCAUAGUGACUGAUUUGUGGUGUAUUCAGCUUGCCCAUGAUUGAGAGGAAGAGUUUGAGGCGAGCCUCGCCUCUGUUUCUGGUACUCGGCCUCGGAUUUCUUUUUGCGGCAUAUAAUUUCUUCAGCGUGAUAGGGCACAACAGAGCCUCCAUCACAAUGAACGGGUCGGACGGGGACGAUCCAAUUAUUAAGAACUGGGAGAGCUUGAGAUUCCAUGUUGCUGUCACGGCAACUGAUUCUCCUUACAGCAAAUGGCAGUGCCGGAUAAUGUACUAUUGGUAUAAGAGGGUAAAAGACAUGCCCGGUUCAGAAAUGGGGAAGUUUACCAGAAUCUUGCAUUCUGGAAGUCCCGAUAAUUUGAUCGAGGAGAUCCCCACUUUCGUUGUAGAUCCACUUCCGGAAGGGCUGGACCGGGGCUACAUCGUCUUAAAUAGGCCAUGGGCUUUUGUGCAGUGGUUGGAGAGUGCAACUAUAGAGGAAGAAUAUAUUCUAAUGGCAGAACCCGACCACAUAUUUGUUCGUCCUUUGCCUAACUUAGCGCAUGAGACACGUCCAGCAGGAUAUCCAUUCUUCUACAUUAAACCUGCAGAACAUGAGAAGAUUAUCCGGAAGUUCUUCCCCAAGGAGAAGGGCCCUGUUACUAAUAUCGAUCCCAUCGGCAAUUCUCCAGUAAUCAUCAAUAAGUCUCUGCUUGAGGAAAUUGCACCUACAUGGAUGAAUGUGUCUUUGAGAAUGAAAGAUGAUCCUGAAACUGAUAAAGCUUUUGGAUGGGUGCUAGAAAUGUAUGCUUACGCUAUAGCCUCUGCACUACACGGGGUUCAGCAUACUCUUCGCAAGGACUUCAUGCUGCAGCCACCAUGGGAUCUUGAAGUUGGGAAGAAUUUCAUAAUCCAUUACACUUACGGGUGCGACUACAAUUUGAAGGGGGAAUUGACUUAUGGGAAGAUCGGAGGAUGGCGUUUUGAUAAGAGGUCAUAUCUGAGCGGUCCCCCACCAAAAAACUUAUCGUUGCCUCCUCCAGGAGUUCCUGAGAGUGUGGUUAGACUAGUGAAAAUGGUGAAUGAGGCAACUGCAAAUAUUCCCGAUUGGGACAGCACCAGGAAUAGCGGGUAAGCUGCAACGGAAACUCAUUACUGCACAAAUUCCUUUUCGGGUUCUCCAUUAUGCAAGCAGCCUAAAGAUUCAACACCAGUCACUAACUGGGUCUCCAUGAGGAUUCGUGGAAUAGGGAACCUAGCGAGCCAAAAGGACUUAAUCUCUUGAACUGAAGCCGGUGGGUGGCAACAUGAAUUGCAGGAUCUUGAUUAAUGUCAUUCUUCCUCUGUAGAUAGAAAGUUUUGUUGUUUAACAUUGUAGGUAUAUCUUGAUUAAUGCCAUUCUCCAAUUCUCAUGCA